AUGUCCGGAUUUCGAGAAAAUACUCAAAGUAAACCUACUUCCGUAGAACAACAUGUGCAAAAGAAUAUUUAUGGAUCUAUAAUCGAAGAGAAUGGGCAACCUUCCCAAAGUGAAUCUAUGUAUAUAUCACAAGAAAAUCAACCAUUUCUCAAUGCUUCUACGACAGAGAAUGGGCAAGUUGACGCACAAAUACCUUAUGAUACAAUUCAAACCGAUGCCGCAAUUGAUGGUAUGGAAGAACAAAGAGCUAUAUUAGCAGCAGAAUAUGAUGGACUUGAUAAUAGUCAAAGAUUGGAAAAAGCCAAACAACUUCUUGGUGAAACUGCUGUCAUUGGUGAAAUUGUCAAACCUUACGCACCGCUAAUUACCUCACUUAAUGAAGCCAUUAGAAGAAUUUAUAAUACUUAUGAAUAUGCUCAAUUUAAUAAACAAAUAAGUAAUGCUUUACUUGAUCGAGUUGAUUGUAUUGCAGCACCUAUUAAAGCUUUAAAACGUCGUAAAGAUAAAAUUGAAACAAAUUUUCUUAGUCAAGAUUAUUAUAAUUCUUUAAUGAAGCUUCUUGCAAUUGUGAAAAAAGCUCAACAUUUUAUUACUGAUAUUUCGUACCUUUGGAGUUUAAGAAAGUUUCAAACGACGAAUACCAUUAAAGAAAGGUUUGAACGAAUUUCUAGAGAAUUUGAUAAAGUCAUUUCUGAGGUGCCUUUGGAGAUUUCUUUGGACAACGAAUUACAGAGUAAAAGAGAUACUAGGGCGGUUGAACAUGAUAUUAAUAUCUUGAACAAAUUCCUGGAAAAAAUUGGAUCUCCAGUAACAAUGAUUAAACAACAAAAUGUCAAUCCCGGGAUAAAUACUCAACGCGGAAAUGUAAGAAAAAGGUAUUGGCUAAACUCGGGAGAAAAACUUCCAGUUGCAUGUAAACGAUUUGAUACACCACAAACUCAAAAAUUUCAAGAUCAACUCAUUGUUAUGAAUAAAUUAAAUAAUUGUCCAUAUCUUUUAAAGUUUCACGGACUUUCAGCGUUAGAAUGGGAACCUUUAGAAAGCAUUGUAAUGGUUUUCGAAUGGGCAGAAAAAGAUAAUUUGAAACGAUUGUAUGAAAAAUACUCAAUUAGCUGGUCAACUAAGUUAAAUAUGGCCGUUGGGAUUUGUCGUGGACUUUUAUUUCUUCAUGGUAGUGACAUUCUCCAUUAUGAUUUAAGAUGCGAAAACAUAUUCUUAACGGCAAAUCUAGAACCAAAGGUUGCGAACUUCCGUCUUUGCCGUCCAUUGCACGAUGAAAAAGUUUAUAUUCGACAUGAUGAUCCUGCCGAACAUUGGGCAGCUCCUGAACAUCUUAAAAACGAAUUAAGAAUUUCCUAUUACACGGCAAAAUGUGAUAUAUUCAGCUUUGGAAUGCUCCUUUGGGAACUUUGUUUUGAUAGAAUUCCAUAUCGAGGUUGGAACUCUAGAAAGAUAUCAAAUCAUGUACAGGCAGGAAAAAGAGAAAAUCUAAAUUUUGGUCCUAAUCAGACACGCGUACAACAAGAUUUCUCAAAAAUUAUCAGAGCUGCUUGGCAAGAUGAUGCAGCACUCCGUCCAGGACUUUAUAAAAUCUUUUUGCAGUUGGAUGAACUUUAUAGUCAAUUCACUCAAAGAGAAAAUGAUGAUGAAAAAAUACAACCUCGUAAAUACGAUGAUGAUACCGUAGUCCUAAUUUUACCAGAACAAGAAAACGCAUAUAAUAAUGAAUACCAAACAAAAAUGAACAAUACAAACCCUAACUUAAUUCCGGUUGUCAAACCAUUACCUAGAUUUAUCGAAGGUUUAACAUCUCAUGAAAAAGAAGAUCACGAAACGGCUUGGGAUUGCUUUAAUAAACAUGCAUCUAUUGGAAAUUCGCGAGCUAAAUAUUGGAAAGCAUAUUAUUUACAAAAUGGGAUUCAUGUACAAAAAAAUCAUCAUGAAGCUGUUGAAUUAUAUAAGCAAGCGGCAGAUGUAGGAGUACCUGAAGCACAAUAUUACUAUGCAACAUCGUUAAUAGAAAAUAAUACCUUGAAAAAUUCCGAAGAAUUUAUCCGUUAUUUAACUCUAGCAGCACAUAAUAAUAAUACUAAUGCGUUCUUUGAAUUGGGAAACGUUUAUGUAAACGGAACUUAUGGUAUUACAAUAGAUGAAGAAAAGGGCAGACAUUUCUUAAGAUUAGCGGGUUUGCAAGAGGACCAAAGAGCUCUUGAUCUUCUUAAAGAUUUGGGAGAAGAACUUUUCCCUUAUUAA